UAGAUUUCCCAUCGAUGCCAUGGCGCCUCCGAGUUUUCCGCAGCCGCCGCCUUUUCGCCACGGAUGCGAAGGCCAAGCUCUCAGAGCUCAACUCGGCGGCGGAGCGCGGGGACGCGGGCGCCGCCGAGGCGCUGCUGGAGAAGUCGCAGGCCACGCCGCGGGUGGCGUGGAACACGGCGCUCAAGGCCUACGCCAAUGCCGGAGACGUUCAGGGCGCCGAGCGGCUUUUCCAGGAGAUGCGCGAGAACGCGGUGGCCCCGAACGUGAAGACCUACGGAAAGCUCCUGGAAGCUUCCGCCAAGGCAGGGGACCUCGCCGCAGCAGAGCGCUGGAUGGGCGAGUUGCGGAAGCAGGGCUCGCCAGAGCUCAUCCAGUACGCCAUGCUGCUGGACGCCUGCGCCAAGCUGGGCCUCCCGCAGCAGGCCGCGCAUUUCCUCGCGGAGGCGCAGGAGCAGCUCUUGCGCCCGGACCUCCAGUGCUUCACGUCGCUGAUGGACGCCUGCGCCAAAGCCGCGCAGCCGGGCAGCUGCCGAAGAUGGCUCCAGGAAAUGCUCAGGGCGCGCCUGAUGCCUAAUGAGCGGUCCCUCACCGCGCUGAUUGAUGCCAGCGCCAAGUCCGGCGAUGUGGCGGCCGCUGAGGCCUGGCUGCGGCGCGGCGCAGAGCUCACGGCGCCGGAGCCUUCGCUCGAGCCGCCGUCUUCG